AUGUGGCAGCAAGCCCCUAAGGACAGGCUCCAGGGAAAUGCUGGCGUAGUACCGGGCCUCCCAAAGACAGCGGCUCUCGGUGACGGCAAUGCCGUCCUUCUCCGGCACCGUCUGUCAGCCAUAAAGAGCAACGGUGCUCUGUCCGCGGCCCUGAAGAACCCGCACGUCAUCGACGCGCUCCAGAAAGAUAUGGCAGCGGAAAGACAGCAGUCGAAGGUAGCGAUCUUCUGCGUAGUAGACAUGUUCUACCAAAACUACCACAACUUCGACCUUAUCGUGAACGCCAGCUGGGGACGCCACUGCGACCAUCUGCUUUUUGUGAGCAAUAAUCUUGCGACAACGCGCACUGGGCUCACCAUGUACGUGGAAGAGCGCAAUCCGACCAGGGCCUGUCUCGCAGUGCUUCGCUACCUGCGGGAGAUCAACGACGACGCCGUCGACAUCAACUGGUUUCUCUGGACUUCCGUCCACUCUUUCGUUAUCGUCGAGAACCUUAGGUUGAUUCCGAGGGGAGUACACCACAAAGUGUACUUCGACAACUAUUUCAACUGCCCAAGUUUGCAGGUGUACAUAGAACGAGACGCCAUACACUGCAUUGGCACCGUGCGGAUAAACCGAGUCCCCGGAGUGAGCAUGCCUUCUGAGCAGGAAAUGAAAAAAAAAAGGAAGAGGACAUUUUGA